AUGGUGACGACGACCUUGUCGCAGGCUUUUACUAAAUCUUCUUCUUCUUCCGCGGAUAAAAUAAAAUUGGGAAAUAAAAAAGAAAUAUCGUCUACUAUUGCCAAAUCGACGACGACGACGACAAACGCGACGACGAAUUUUCACGGCGAAAAAAAAGUUGAUGAUGAAAAACAUGAAAAUGUGAAAAUUUUAAGCGAAAAAGAUUCGUCGGAAAAUCUUCACAUAACUCAUCAAGACAUACAAAUAGCAAAAAUAUUCGACACGAGCGGUUUAAACGAAACAUUGAAAAAAUUUAACAUAUCCUCGACGAAACAGGUAUCGAUUUAUCGAUCGAUCGAUCGAUCGAAUUCUUUCGUCGUGGAUCCGAAAAUGGGUAAAAGGUAUUGGGUGGAUCUCGAUAAACAUCCGGACGUUAAAGUGAGCGAUAUUUUAUCACAGGCAUACAGGAGAGCGAUGACGGUGAAAUUAUCAUUCGAUUUUCCCUUUUACGGUCAUCCCAUUCGUAACAUAACGAUAGCGACGGGUGGAUUUAUUUACACGGGAGAUUAUGUCCACGCGUGGUUGGCAGCAACUCAAUACAUUGCUCCGUUAAUGGCGAAUUUCGACACCACACUAUCCAACCAAUCAUUCGUUAAAUAUUUAGAUAACGGAACUGCAUUUACCGUUCAAUGGGAGAACGUGAUGCUUCAAGAUAAACGUGAUAAGGGUGGAUUCACGUUUCAGUGCACUCUUCACGAAAAUGGCGACAUUGUUUUCGUGUAUAAACAAGUCGCCGUGUUCAUCGAUGAGAUAAACGACGAUCAACAUCCGGUUAAAAUCGGACUCUCGGAUGCUUACAUAAUCGAUAGAACGAUAUUUUUCGUCCGAAGGAAAACGAUUUACGAAUAUCACAGAGUCAAUUUCGAAAAGCAAGACAUUAAAAAUUGGACCGUCAUCGUUUUAAGAGCUUUGGACACUUGUUUGGACAUGAAAGAUUGCAAUUCGUGUUUGACGCAAUUGAAAAAUCUCAGAUGCAAUUGGUGUGCGAACAGGUGUUCGAACGGUAUGGACAGGCACAGACAAGACUGGAUCUCAAACGGCUGUGAUAAAACGAAAUUGAAAACGGUGGAUCAAUGUCCGAAAGAAGAAGAAGUGGAACAUUUCGAGAAAAUGCAAACUCCUCUCGCUCACACAGUACACAACAAGGAAGGAAGCGUGAUCGGAAGCGUGUUUUUAAUUUGUUUAGCAUUAGGGAUCGGAAUGUGGUUUUUCUACGCCUACAGGAAUCCUCACACUCCUGCCGGACAAUUUUUAAUAAGGUAUCGUCCAAGUCAGUGGUCGUGGAGAAGAGGAGAAGCUCGUUACACGGCAGCAACGAUACACAUGUGA